UCAUGGCAAGGUUGUUCGAGGUAUGGGGAAGGCGCGGGUUCGUGAGACGGGUGCCUCUUCUUCCAAAUCGACCACAGGAGAGGUCAACACCCUGAAGGAGGAAGUGACAACCCUAAAAGGUCAGCUUGCAGCCCAGGACGAGCAGAUAAAGGCCCAUAGUGAGCAGAUGAGGGCCCAGAGCGAGCAUAUAAAGGCUGAGAACGAGCAGAUGAGAGCUGAGUACGAGCAGAUGAGGGCCCAGAUGAGUAUGAUUGUACAGGCCUUAGCGGUGUCCGAUCUCCAAAUCCAGCUGCCAGCACCUGAUCUUACUCCACCUUCGACCUCCCAGCCACCUCACCUACCCGAUACCCAGUAGUUUUCAAACCUAGAAGACUACUUGUUGUAGUUUUUUCAUUUUUUGUUUAGACAUCUUGUAUGCACAUUUUCAUAUGGUUUAUA